UCGCUAUGAGUCAGAAUCGACUCAACGGCAAUGGGUUUGGUUUUUGGAUUUAUACAGUCAUAUAAUCACUAACAUAAUCAUGAUAUAGAACAUUUCUGUCACCCAAAAGGUUUACUCCUGGCCUCUGGUAAUCACUGAUCUGCUUAGGAUUUCAUACAAAUGGAACCAUGCAGUUUGUAGUCUUUUGUGUUGUCAUAGAGAAAAAAUUACAAGUCUGUUUAAAAUUAAAAACAAAGACUUUUAGUAUAGCAAAAGAGCACUUUGCAAAACAGGCAACACAGUGCUGGGAGAAAUCCAGCAAGGUAAUCCAAGGAGCUACAGUGUUACAGAGGUUAAUAAAGGCAAAAACUGCAAAUAAGGAAGAUACAACAGGAGUAUUUCUGAUUGGUUAACAUUUACAAAGUUGCAGGUGGCAGGGUCUUGGUUGACCUCCUUUGCAAGGGUGGCUCCAGGUGACAGGAUUUGGCUGACCAUACAUUUCCUGGAACAUUUUAAAAAUACAGAUACAGGGUACUAUAAAGGAGAUCUGAAAAACUUUUUUAGGGGGGUCUAGGAGUAAUUUGGCUUAGCUACUAAAGCCACAUGUUUAAUACUAUGUGUAAAUCCUGCUCAAUCUGAAUAAUCUUUUCCUAACAUAGGCCAUGUCUCACCACAAGCUCUUCCUUCAGCAAAGUAGGGUAGGUAAAACCACAUUUUUCUGUAAAACUACCUGCUUCGAGGUCAAAGGUAAAGUAGAAACUUUACUGACGACAGAAACUACAAUUUUAAAAAUACAAAUGGAAUCACUUAGGACAAGAAGGGAUUUGGCCUAAACCUUAGCCAGAAGUCUUAGUCAUGUGAAGAGCCUUAGUUCUGGAAUGCUCUUCCUCACUGUCUAGCCUGUUUCACUUAGAAUAAUGCUUUUGAGAUUUAUCAGUGUUGUUGCUUGUAUCACUACUUUAUUCUUUUUUAUUGCUCAGUAGUAUUCCUUUAUAUGGAAAUACCACAAUGUAUUUGUCCAUUCACCAGUUAGUGGACAUUUGAGUUAUUCUACUUUUAGGCUAUUAUAAAUAAAGCUGCUGUGAACCUGCCCUUACAAGACUUUGUGUGGAUAUAGGUUUUCAUUUUUCUUGAGUAAAUAUCUCUGAAAUUUCUGGGUCAUUUGGUGAGUAUAAGAAAUUCAUAUACUGUUUUCUAAAGUGGCCGUACCAUUUUCUGUUCCCACCAGAAAUGUAUGAGAGUCUCAGUUGCUCCACAUCCUCAGCAACACUUGGUGUGGUCAGUCUUUUUACUUUUAGUCAUUCAACUGAAAAUGGCAAAAAGAGAAGCAGAAGAUCACAGUGCAGCACUUUCUCAGUCUUCUUUAUCAUCCUUGACUAAAGCAACAAAAGUAUCACAGCAAGGUAACCCUGAAGGCGCCUUGGAUGGGAAUACUGUGGACCCAAUUCACACAUAUAUUUCAAAUGAUUUACCAAGGGAGUUUAUGUCAUCACAGGCAAAAGCAGUUAUUAAAACUACUGAAGAUUAUUUGCAGCCUCAGUUUGGCCCCAGCAGACUUUUGCAUUCAUCAGUGGUAUCAGAAGGGUCAGGACUUCAAGAUUGCUCCACACAUCAAACAGUAUCAGAUCACAGCCAUGACGAAAUAUCAGCCCUAGAUAGCUACAAAUCAAACAGUAAAAACAAUUCUUGUCUUAUAUCAGCAUCCAAGAGAAACAGACCUGUCAGUGCUCCAGUGGGUCAACUGAGAGUUACAGAGUUCCCUUCUUUAAAAUUUCAGUCUGCCCGGAGCUGGCAUAGAGUGUCUCAAAGACUCAAACUUCAACCAAGAAUGAUUAGAGCAACAGCUUACAAAAAUGGAUCUAGAACAGUCUUUGCCAAAGUUAUUGUACCAACCAUCACUUUGUUGCUGCAGGAGUGCACGGAAAGGCUGAAUCUGAACAUGGCCGCACGACGAGUGUUCUUGGCAGAUGGCACUGAAGCCCUCAAACCUAAAGAUAUACCCCAUGAAGCCAACAUUUAUGUUUCAACCGGAGAGCCUUUUAUAGAUCCAUUCAAAAAAAUUAAAGACCAUCUGUUGUUAAUGAAGAAAGUAACUUGGACAAUGAAUGGGCUGAUGCUUCCUACUGAAGUCAAAAGACGGAAAACCAAGACUGUUCUUUCUAUUAGAAUGAAGAAACUUACUGAGAAGACCUCAAUCCGAAUUCUGUUUUUUCAGAAUGGCAUGGGGCAGGAUGGGCAUGAGAUUACAGUGGGAAAGGAAACAAUGAAAAAGGUUUUAGAUACUUGCACAAUGAAAAUGAAUCUAAAUUCACCGGCCAGAUAUCUUUAUGAUUUGUAUGGCAGAAAAAUUGAAGAUAUUUCAAAUGUUCCUCUGCUUCAAAAAUGCCUGCAAAAUUCCAUCACACAUUUGCGGGGACCAGUUUGGGUCUCUAAGGGAGAAGGUUUCAGCCCUUCAGGAGUUAAGACGUACAUCCAAGGAGUUCUUUUGACCUUGUACCAACGAUUAAAGUCUGCAAAAAAAUAUUAUAAACAGUUGAACUUUGCUGUGGAUGAACAGAAGGAGAAAAUUACUGAAAAAGGCAUUCUUUCAAUGUCAGAAAAGGAACGCCAUAAGGCACAUGAAGAAGUGAGCAGGCUGAUUGAUGAAUUGCAGACAGCUAUCAAAAGCAACAGAGGUCAUCUCUCUAAACUUGGCCCACAAUUACAGGCUGAGCAGGAGCAAUUCUCCUCUUAUGUCUACCAACACAUUAAAAGCCUUCCAGCAAACACUGUUCUCCCAGGAGGCCUGCAGCUCAAGGUAUUUGAAAUUGGUAAAGACACUGGAGGGACCUCUGUCUGUAUCAGCCAAAAAGAUUUGGGAUCUCAUAGCUCAACUCAAACUGGCGAGAUGAUGGAAAGAUUACUUCUCAAGAUUCAUCAAAGGCUUCAAGGUUCUUCCUUCAACCCACCAGGCCUCAAUUUUUCAUCAGUCCAGCUUUUCGAUGAGCGUGGUCAAGAAAUUAAGAAUCCACUUUUGUUGAAGAAUGAGCAAAAAAUUUGGGUCUCUUAUGGUAAAGCAUACAGGUCUCCGCUAAAUCCUGUUUUGAGUUUGACCUUUGACCGAGUGACUGCAUUUAUCAGAAGUGGCAUCACAGUUGCAUAUAAAACUUUUUUGGAUCCUGAUGCUGUUCUGAUACCUGGAUGUGACAAUUGGGAAGUUUGUGAGGGAUUUCCAAUUAAUUUGAACUGCACCAGUGGACUGAUACCAGAUCAAUUUGAAAAGAUAGACCUGGAGAACCAUUUCCUACAGAAUAAGGUGGAUCCCAAUAUUGUUCUACAUGCCUCGGUUUCCAUUGGAAAGCGGAGUUCCUCAAGUAGUGAAGUGAGCAGCAGAAGUCAGAUAGCGUCAUCGACCCUGUGGCCUGCAGCCAGUGUGUGGCUGAUCAUGAAGACUGGAAUGAUCCUGAGUCGAGCUAUAACUCAAGGCUGCCUGGCUAUUGGUCAUCCAAUCAGAGUCAAGGCCGCUGAAGGAGCAUCACAAGAAGGAUAUAAAGUAAUCCUACAGAAAAGACAUAAAGGAGAUGAUUCUCAGAAGUGGGUGUUUGGAACGGACGGCUGCAUUUAUUCUAAGGCCCAUCCUCAGUUUGUUCUGACCUACCUAGAGGAGCUAAAUGCACAAGUGGAUGUGACCCAGACAGAGUAUCACAUUCACCGUGGUGCCUGGACCACAGCUCAUCAGGAAUGUGGCAGCAGCUUAGCAGAAGAGGGUCUACAAAAACGUGCCAGCAACCCUGAUCUGAAGCAACUGCCAGAACCUUCAAACACCCAUUUAAUGCCAGAAGGUUCUGUUGGUGAGACAGGGCAGCUGACAGUGGCACUGGUAAGGAAACUGGAAGAGAAACAUCCUAAGGCUUCUGCUCAGAGGUGGGCCAUAAAACAUGAAGGGACCAAUAAACCAGGACAGUGGAAACAUUCCAAAGUUGAAAAUCCUUUAUGGAACAAGCUGAACUAUAUGUGGCCAGUCCUUCCCAGCGGCCAACUUAAUGAGAAUUUUGACUGGCCAAUAGAAGGACUGCUUGUUCCCAACAGUCCUCCCAUGAAGAAAUCCAUCUGUAAGACACCAGAGCAAUAUAUUCCUGUGAGACUCAGAGUUUUGCGAAAUGGAGACAAGAAUAAAAACAGAGCUCUUUUUAUAAUUGGUCCAGAAAUCUCACCUAGACGGAAAGCGCAAAAUGUCGACACUGAAAGGAAAGAAAAUGUGAAAAUCCAUGUCACUAAAUAUUCUGAAACAGAAACAAACCAGACUGAGUUUCUUCAGUUUUUGGAGAGGUGCACUGAAAAUUUAAAAUUACCUUCUGCAGCUCGGAGAUUGUUCAGUGAAAAGGGGAAGGAAAUCUUUGCUUUAAAAGACCUGCAAAGAGAUGAACUGGUAUAUGUUUCAUGUGGAGAAAAUUGGAUCAAUCCUGACCUGUCCAUUUCUCAGCAAAAGAAGCAAAUCUUCCUUAGGAACCUAGCAUUAGACAUUUCCAAAAUUCAAAUCUUCUGCAGUAUGCGUAAGAAGGAGGAUCUUGUUUUAGAAGUCCAAAGUGACAUUAUAUCUGGAGCCAAGCUUGCUGUACAUAAACCUGUAGGAAAUUUUGGAAAAGAGAAGCAAAUUGUAGACCCAGAGGAAAAGCAAGUGCAAAAAAAUGCUUCAACAAGGGAAAAGGCUUCCGGUGAAAUUCUAGAUGCGCAUGCAAGAGCCCACCUCCGAAUGAAGUCUUGUCACACACUUCUCAAGUAUGCCUGGCAGGAAGCUUCUCAUGACUUUGAUAAGGACGAUAGUCUUCCAAAGAAAAUGGAAGAAGAGCUCUUUGAAAAAGUGGAGCCACAGAAGAAAUGCAGCCAUUCACCAAGGCAUAGCAAAUUGCAGAAGCUUUGCCAUCAACAAUUUGAAUACAGAGAUGGGCAGAUUAUAAACCAUGCUGCUCCUCAGCUUGUCUUGGGGGUACGAGAUCCCAACCUCCGUUCAGGCACUGAAGUGGUUUUGGUAGAGAAGAAAUCUGAUGAUAGUCAUCAAUGCUGGAUACACAAGGAAAGCAGCAGGACCUUUCACCUGGUGAGUAACCCAGACCUUGUGCUGGCAGUGUCUAUGACCAAGGCUGGAAAUGAAGUUGAUGGCUAUCCAGUUAUUGUUCAGAAAUAUAAGCCAUAUAACAAUGGGACUGCCAAUCAAAAGUGGCAUUAUAUGGAAAAUAUGAAAGCUUUUAUGGCUUUUCAUAGCACUGCACUGGAUAAGGAAAUCACAGCAGCAAAUUAUGCUGGUAUUUGCACAUCCUCUGUGAUUAAAGAAGAAAGCAUUGACCAACCAGGAUAUUAUUAUCUCUCAUCUGAUGGAAAGAGAAAAACGAUGCUCUGCUUGGCUUGUGGACGAUCCAUGAGAGCAGAGAAGGGACUGAAACAAUUGCUACCAGGGGUCCCAUUCCCCUGUGCCUCCGGCUCUAAGACACAGAAGCCCUUCUCACUAGGGCCCUUCAAGGUCAUCACUGUGGCCAAGGCUGAUUUAUCCUCUUACGAGGCUGAGAAAACUCUAAGUUAUUAUGAAGGACUCCUAUUGUCUUCAUGGACGAAGACUUGCACACGAGCUGUAUCUCAUAGUGGUGUGGCAACUCCGCACCAGAAGGCGGUGAAAAUAAUUGCGUACAAAAACGGGAAUGGAUAUCAUAAUGGAAAGUUAAUUGUGGCUGGAACAUUUCCCAUGCUUCUUACAGAGUGCACAGAACAACUUGGUCUUUCCAGAGCAGCCUCCAAAGUGUAUACUAAAGAUGGAACCACAAUUCUUACUUUGCAUGAUUUGGUUUUAUGGGCUCUUCAUGAAUCCUUUAUCCAGAAAGACUCUGAGGAUCGAAAGAAACAUGCAGCCCCUGUUGGAACAGAAGAGGCAACUGUUAAAAAAAACCUGAGAACAAAAGUGAAAAACAAAUCAUUUUCAAAGUCUGUGACAUCUGAUAGCUUGAAUGGUAUAGACGAAUCUUUGCUUGACCUUGUCCUCAGAAAUCCUAUUGCCAUCUGGGUGUCUUGUGGUGAACCAUUUCUACCUCUGAAAGCUUUGGAGAAAGCAGAAAAAUUGACAAAACAGAACUGGAUAAAAAAGGACAAAAUUUUGGCUGAUCUAGAUACUAUGAAACACAAAAUGAGGCAGUUAAAAGGGCGGCGAGUAGCAGCAUGUCAGCCAGCCACCAUGGUUCCCACCAAAAGCCCUGUGCAGCCGGUGGUGGUGGAGGGAGGCUGGACUGAGCAGACUCAAGAGGAAAUUGAACUCAUGGAACUUAUAAAACGUACAGAGGCACACCUUUCUGAAGUUCAAGAAGUGCAAUCCAAAAGAGGGUCUUCAGUUUCAACUAAACAUAUAGCAGUCAAGCACAGCAGCCUGUAUAUGCAACCCAACACAAAACGAGUAUGGGUUUAUCUAAAUGGAGGUAGACCUGAAGAUGGCACUUAUGCCUGGGGCAAAACUAUUUCAGAGCUGCUGGAUGACUGCUCAUCUCGUCUCAAAAUGGCCCACGCAGCCAGAACGCUGUACACCCCAGACGGAGCGCAGAUUCAGUCGUGGGGCGACAUAGAGCGAGACAUGGUCAUCUGUGUGUCCAUGGGACAUGGCUUUGUAACCCAGAAAGAGUUAAAGCAACUGAUGGAGGUCAGAGCCAAUUAUGCCAGAAUCCGAAGGCAGGAGGGCCCUCAGGCCACAGACAUCGUGGUGUCUCCAUCAUCGAAGCUGCUAUCUCUGGUACAUCUAUGCAAUUAA